GAGUGAGGAGGCGAGACGAGUCUUUGUUUACGGGGACUCACCUGUCUCACCUGCGUCUUGGCAGGCGGGUGGGGGAGGUCCUGGGAAAACUGUGCGAUUGGACUGAAUUGAAGUUUGUGCUGGACUACUGACUACUCUUGCUGACUGUUCUUGAUACUCAUUCCAGAACAGUGGCAGUUGUGUCAGCAAGGGAGGCAAGAUGGGAUCAGAUGGUCCUGUGUGGGAGAGCAAAACUUAUCAGAAGAAACUCUUGAUUCCAGGGACAAACAAAAGGAAGUUUUUUGGAGUCUUAGAGAAACCUAAUUUGCCACCAUCGGUUCCUAAUGUCACUUACAAGAUAUUCCUGUGUGGGAAGACAGCAUCAGGCAAGACUUGGACCAUGAACUGUCUCUCGGGACAAGAAGUGCCAAGUCAGCAUGUGGAGACAAUUGGCGUACAGUGUAGCCAUGUCUUUUGGCCAAUGAAGAUAGGUAGCAGACUCAUCCUUUUCCGCUUGGAGCUUUGGGAUGCAGGAGAAGCCAGCACUCGCCAGUACAGCCACAUCUUACCAGCAUGCCGUGAGGGUGUUGAUGCUGUGUUGGUGUGUUGUUCUGCUAGUGACCGUGAAGGGUGGCUGGACAUGCCAAGGGCAGUAGCAGAAGCUACACAACCAGCAGACAGGGCAGCAGUGGCAGUGAUUCUCACAAGAUGGGAUCAAUUUUCGAAGCGUGAGGUCACAGAGGCAGAGGUGGAAGCAUUUGAGAAGUCCCGAGGGGUGCCAGUAGUGAGGCUUGGUGGUACGGCCUCUGAUCCUGCUCAGGAAAUGCCCCAUAUUGCUCCAACACUUAAUUUUCUGUGUCGCCGGCUGUGGCAGCGUGACCAAGAACUUCUUUCCAUCAAGUAGUGAAGGAAGUGUACUUAUAAGAAUGAGGGAGAAAGGGGAGCACUGACAUUAUGCAGGAAUGAUGGAAUGGGGGAUUAAGAGAGAACUUUAAAUGUUAAGAAGGUAAGGAGAGUAGAUAGAAUGAGAACUGUGGGUUUGUCACUGUCUCUUAGUUUCAGAUCUGAAAUUUAUCUAGGAUAAUGUAUUCCAUUAUCAGGAAUGACAUGGGACCAUACAAGUUAGAUCCACUUUGCAGCAAAAUGCUGAACCUGAAAGUUAGAAAGGACUGAUUUGAAUUGUGUUUGGUAAAUGUUCAGUAUAGUAGUCCUUUCUUUUCUAGAGCAAGGAAUUAAGUUUUCAGUCUUAACAGAAGGUGGGUUUAAUAUUAGAAUAUUAUUUUUGUAUGAAAUUGUACAAAUAAAUUAUAUUUUAUAUA